UCUAAAGGUCUUCCAAUCCUCCGCAUCAAAACCUGCCUGCCCAAGUUAUACUUGCAGAGCAAGCCACGACGCAACUCGUGCUUCAUAUACACAAAAGAUUUUUAUUUUUUUGUAUUAAUUUUCUUGGUGUUUUCCUGCUUUCAUCAAUGGCGCCUGUAGAAGCAGCAACUAAGCAGCACGCAAACUGGAGUCCCUACGACAAUAAUGGAGGGACGGUUGUUGCGAUUGCCGGCGGCAAUUACUGCGUUGUGGCUGCUGAUACGCGAAUGUCGACUGGAUAUAGUAUCCUCACUCGUGACUAUUCCAAGAUUUGCCAAUUAGCGGACAAAAGUAUUAUGGCUUCUUCCGGAUUUCAGGCUGAUGUGAAGGCUCUUCAGAAGCAUUUGGCUGCUAAACAUUUGAUCUAUCAACAUCAGCACAACAAGCAAAUGAGCUGCCCCGCCAUGGCUCAACUCCUUUCAAAUACUCUCUAUUAUAAGCGUUUCUUUCCAUACUAUGCUUUCAAUGUCUUAGGAGGCCUUGAUUCCGAAGGCAAAGGAUGUGUGUUCACAUAUGAUGCGGUUGGUUCAUAUGAAAGAGUAGGAUACAGCGCUCAGGGAUCUGGUGCAACACUCAUCACACCUGUUCUGGACAACCAACUUAAGACCCCAAGUCCUCUUCUAUUACCAGCUAAGGAUGCCAUAACGCCAUUAUCAGAGACAGAAGCUGUUGAUAUGGUAAAAGAUGUUUUUGCAUCUGCUGCAGAGAGGGAUAUAUACACGGGUGACCGGGUUGAGAUUGUCGUUGUGAACUCUGAGGGUAUUCGCAGAGAGUAUGUUGAGCUGCGGAAGGAUUAAUUUCACUCCGCUAGUGGGGUGCUUCCUGAUAUGUCUUUCAGAAUUUUGGUGAUGCUUUCUUUUGGUAUGUUAGAAACAUGGAAGGCAUGGAUAGGUGAAAUUUGCAACGAUACUUAUUUUAUAAGCGACUUGCACUUUUUAAAAUUUGUGGGUGAUAUGGAUCAUGCUGUGACGAUAUGCAAAAAAAAAAUUCACUAUUCGGAUUA